UCUAAUGAACUCCUUUCCUGUUUUGUCAAAGUUGGUGGGCAACGCAGAUGUGGAGGGCUGUACCUGAGGCACCAAGGUGGCCUUCGCUCUCUUGGCGUCUUGGCCGUCUGCGUCCGGCGCUUUCCUCUUGACGGUCUGAGGCGCUGAGCUGGCGGACGAACCCUGGCUGGCUUCCUUCGCGCCUUUCAGCUCGGCCACUUUCUCUCGGUGCUGCUUUCCCAGGACGUGAGUCUGCCACAGGAGCUCGCUCUUAACCGGGGUGUUACACAGGGCACAACUCAGCUGCCCCAAACGGUUGUACUUCGCGAAUGGAGAUUCUAUCCGUUUCCGAUUGGUGCUCAGACGCUGCUUCUCCUUCAUUAACCGCCGCAAUUCUUCCUGAUUUACCACUCGCUUCCCGGCCGGAGUCCUAGCGGAGGCGGAGGACGCCAUCUUGGCGACCAGACCCAAAGCGAUUCUGGUUUCCGUCCGGCGAGGCAUGAUAAUGUCACUUCCUGUAAGGGCGAUGAUUGGCCGAGGUUCAAGAGAGCGUGGCGUCGCGUUGGCGUUUUUGCUCGGAAUCGCGACUAAGGCUUUUUGUUUUUUUUCCCUGUGAACGAUUAGGCUAUGGCUGCGAUAAAGGUCGUAAACUCCAAGGCUGAGGUGGCGCGGGCCCAGGCAGCUUUGUCUGUCAAUAUAUGCGCCGCCCGAGGGUUGCAGGAUGUGCUGCGGACCAACUUGGGUCCUAAAGGCACCAUGAAAAUGCUUGUUUCUGGUGCAGGUGACAUCAAACUCACCAAAGAUGGCAAUGUGCUGCUCCAAGAGAUGCAAAUUCAACAUCCAACAGCUUCCUUGAUGGCAAAAGUAGCAACAGCUCAGGAUGACGUCACAGGAGAUGGUACUACUUCAAAUGUUCUAAUUAUUGGAGAGUUAUUAAAACAAGCUGAUCUGUACAUUUCUGAGGGCCUGCACCCUAGAAUAAUAACUGAAGGAUUUGAAGCUGCAAAGAUAAAAGCACUUGAAGUUUUGGAGGAAGUUAAAGUGACAAAGGAGAUGAAAAGAAAAAUCCUCUUAGAUGUAGCUAGAACAUCAUUACAAACUAAAGUUCAUGCUGAACUGGCUGAUGUGUUAACAGAGGCUGUGGUGGAUUCUGUUUUGGCUGUUAGAAGACCAGGUUACCCUAUUGAUCUCUUCAUGGUAGAAAUCAUGGAGAUGAAGCAUAAAUUAGGAACAGAUACAAAGUUGAUCCAAGGAUUAGUUUUGGAUCAUGGUGCCCGUCAUCCAGAUAUGAAGAAGCGAGUAGAAGAUGCAUUUAUCCUUAUUUGCAACGUUUCACUAGAAUAUGAAAAAACAGAAGUGAGCUCUGGUUUCUUUUAUAAGACUGCAGAAGAGAAAGAGAAAUUGGUAAAAGCUGAAAGAAAAUUUAUUGAAGAUAGAGUACAAAAAAUAAUAGACCUGAAAGACAAAGUCUGUGCUCAGUCCAAUAAAGGAUUUGUCAUUAUUAAUCAAAAGGGAAUUGAUCCAUUUUCCUUAGAUACUCUUGCAAAACAUGGAAUAGUAGCUCUUCGCAGAGCAAAAAGAAGAAAUAUGGAAAGACUCUCUCUCGCUUGUGGUGGAAUGGCUGUGAAUUCUUUUGAAGAUCUCACUGUAGAUUGCUUGGGACAUGCUGGUCUUGUGUAUGAGUAUACGUUAGGUGAAGAAAAGUUCACUUUUAUCGAGGAGUGUGUUAACCCUCACUCUGUUACCUUGUUGGUUAGAGGACCAAAUAAGCAUACUCUCACACAAAUCAAGGAUGCCAUAAGAGAUGGACUUCGUGCUAUCAAAAAUGCCAUUGAAGAUGGUUGUGUGGUUCCUGGAGCUGGUGCAAUUGAAGUGGCAAUGGCUGAAGCUCUCGUUACAUAUAAGAACAGUAUAAAAGGAAGAGCUCGUCUUGGAGUCCAGGCUUUUGCUGAUGCCUUACUCAUUAUUCCCAAGGUUCUUGCUCAGAAUGCUGGUUAUGACCCACAGGAAACACUAGUAAAAGUUCAGGCUGAGCAUGUGGAGUCAAAACAACUUGUGGGCAUAGAUUUGAAUACAGGUGAGCCAAUGGUAGCAGCAGAUGCAGGAGUUUGGGAUAAUUAUUGUGUAAAAAAACAACUUCUUCACUCUUGCACAGUGAUUGCCACCAACAUUCUCCUGGUUGAUGAAAUUAUGCGAGCUGGGAUGUCUUCUCUCAAAGGAUGAUUGAAUUCAAAAUCAACCCUUCUAGAAGAUGAAAUUUAGUACACUUUACAUCUGACUACUAUUGUGUAGCCUGAGCCAUUCUGAAUUUCUACACAAUAAAUGCAGUUUAUAUCUUUUGGAUCUUAA